CUUCUUCAACCGCAAUGACCAGACCACCACCACCACCUGCUUUUCUUCCUCUUUCUUUCUCCUCCCCAUCCGUGUCCACCCGACCCAACGGUCAAAACUACCGUUCCUCUCCUUCCCCUGACAGCGCCACCACCUAAAGGCAACAAUUGAAAACGUGAAAAAGAUCGAGACUUUCGUCACCCCCGCAUCAAUGACGACGUGCCCAGGUCCUCUUCAAUAGCCCCCCUCUUGCCCACCCGAGGAGAAGAAUUAUAGGGGCAAUGGGUCUCGUGGUGUACUGGUACGACGCCGUCUGCUACGGCAUCGUCGCUGUCUCCUUUCUCGGUUCCUUGUGGGUGAUAUGGAGGAAGGAGGGCGGGUCGCGAUUGGACGACAAUGCCAUCUUCCAGAGCUUGCUGUCGGGUCGACCCGAGCCCGAGGGUCACUACUCGGUGGCCAAGCCCCGGAGCCACGUCGACUCUUCUUGCCUGUGGACCAGUUGCUGGCGAGGGGUCCAUUCCGGUUGGCUGUUGGCGACCCGGCUGGGCUCGCUCGCCGUCAUGGGGGGCUUCCUUGCUUGGGAUAUUGUGGAGUGGGAUGCCACCAUUUUUGUUUAUUACACUGAGUGGACUUUCGCACUUGUCAUGGUCUAUUUUGCACUGGGUACUGUAGCUUCCGCAUAUGGAUGCUGGGUGUACUCAAGACAAACUUCCACUGGAAAUGGGUUGACAGAUCAGCUUUUGGGCAGAGAUUUGGAAGAUAAUCGAAUUUCAGCCACUAAUAAUUAUGGGGUAAAAAAAGUGGAAACUCGGGUUAGUAAAUUGAGAAGCUGCUACACGGAAGAGGAGAUUUUGCAAAGAGCUGGAUUUUGGGGAUAUGUUAUGCAAAUUAUAUAUCAGACCAGUGCAGGUGCUGUUAUUCUCACAGAUGUCGUGUUCUGGUGCAUAAUUGUACCAUUCCUGUCAAAUGCUCGUCUUGGACUAAAUUUGUUGAUGGGCUGCAUGCAUACGUUAAACGUGUUUUUCCUUCUGAUUGAUACUUCACUCAACAGCCUCCCAUUUCCUUGGUUCCGGCUCACAUACUUUGUCCUCUGGAGUUCAAUCUAUGUUAUCUUUCAGUGGGUCAUACAUGCAUGCGGUUUCUCAUGGUGGCCGUAUCCAUUCCUAGAGGUAUCAUCACCUUGGUGUGCUGUCUGGUAUUUCGCCAUUGCUGUGGUUCACGUCCCGUGCUACGGCCUAUACGCGUUGAUCACGAAGUCGAAAAACUCGAUUUUUUCCAGAUUGUUUCCCCAUUCUUUCACAAGGUCAUUCUAGUUUCUUCUUCUUGUGACGCAAUUCGGAUUUCCUUUUCGGGUAUUGUUGUAUAGAAAAAGGAGAGAUUAGACGAAACGCUGUGAA